CGUGUGUGAAAGUGGUUGACUGUGAGUGUGACUGGGGAGGUUGUGUGUGUGGGGGAACUAUUUAUCUGAAAUCAAAUUAAGUUAUUUUACUCUAACAGAAUUUAUAAAGCACUUUAUAUUUAAACUAACGACUGAUAACCAUGGUUGCAACAAGCACGCUGAAAAACAAGAACUCGGAGUGCAUAUCCGAAGCAUUCGACCGCCGGUACGACCAGAGCUACAUCGAAGAUGAGCUGGACUUCUGGGAGCGCUGCUUAUCCGAGCCCCCGGUGGGAACGGGCCUGAGUGGCGGCGGCGGCGGCGACCCGGAGUCCCUCCGCCAGGAGGCGGGCACGUGCCAACAGCUGGCCAAGCUGCUGGAGGGCUGCCUGUCGCGCGCCAAGAAGAGCACGCUGCACUGCGCCGAGGUGCUGGUGCCCGAGACGCUGACGCGGCGCAUCUCCCGCGACGUUCUCCGCCUGGCGUCGGCGGAACCGUGCGGGCUGCGCGGCUGCGUGCUGCACGUGCUGGUGGAGGCCGAGCGCGGCGGCGGGUGCACGCGGCUCGAGCGCAUCGCGUGCGACGCCAGCGUGGUGCCCACCUUCGAGCUGACGCUGGUGUUCAAGCAGGACGCCAGCGCCUGGCCCAGCCUCAGGGACCUCUUCCACAUCGGCGCCUGCUUCGCCCCGGGCUUCCGCCACGCGCUCAAGCUCAGCCCCGGGUUCCGGCUCAUCAAGAAGAAGCUCUACUCCUCCUCGCCGGCCGGCACCGUGGUGGAGGAGUACUGAGCUGAGCUGAGCGCGCUCGGACUGGAUCCGACGGGACACUGGGGGGGGUGGAGGGGUGGGGGGGGUUAACUGGACUGGCAAGGUUGAGAUUUGUUGUAGAGGGUUCGAGGGUACAAUGCACUUCUACACUUCAGUACCUGAAUGUAAGUCACUCUGACCAAGAGUGGCUAAUUCUUUUUCUAGGCUUUUUUAUAUUUAUAAAUAUAUUUUUGUUUUUUCUUAGAUGUGCAACUGUGUGAGUGUUGGAAGGUGGGUGUAUGUGCAAAGCGCGCGUGGCGGGAGUGUGCCAUAAUCAUAGUGCUAGUUCUUAAAUACAUUCACAAAGCAUUUGGAAAUGGCUGUGUGUUUAGCGUCCACGUGUAGGAUCUGUACAGAAAGUAGUGAUGAAUCCAUUUUGGAAAUGGCUGUGUGUUUAACGUAAACAUUUAGGAUCCAUUUUGUACAAAAAAAUUACACCAGUUUGCUCCGCACCAACAAGGAUUUUAACACCAUUUCAAUUUUGAGACUAAUUAUUAUUUAAUUACAUGCAAGGAUUUGAUUAAAAAAUAAAUUUCCUAUCUAAAAGUUUUUAGACAUUUGUACACUUAAAUUAGAAAUUUCUAGUUCAAAUUGGCAAUAAAGAAGUCAGGAUAUAUUUUUUAAUGGCUCGGGUGUUGACUGGUGCAUAGCUGGUACACCAUGAGCAUGGUGCGUAACGUGUUUAAGAUAAUGGCAACUCUGCACGUUCAUCAUUGGAGUUACUUGGGCUGAAAUGUCCCCGUGUGUUUUUGAAUGUAACGUGAGUAGAAUGUAGCACACCAUGGAGGUAUCGGGGAUGAGAUAUGGCUCAUGUGAUGGGGUCCACGUAGGUAGACUUGAAUGUAAGUUUUGGUGAAUCGCCAUUGAUUGUUUGUCUGUCAGUCUUGUCCAAUCACAUUGGCCAAUAGCCUUGUUCUACAGGAGAGGAGAGGGCUGUGAUUGGAUGUUGCACUGCGUAAGAUCAACAUGCUGCUCCGUGGCAGAGAAUCUACCAUGUGCCUCGCGUUCAAGAGGUGUUUGUUCUUUUUUUUCUUUUUUUUUGGUACGUUUUCCACAUGUUGAUUGGGAGAUUGCCACACUGUUAUAUGUAGUUUUCUACAAGUUUUUUUUUUUUUUUUUUCUUUGAAAAAAAUUACACCUUUUAUUGCCUUUCAACAGUUAUUGGUUGCAGUGCUGUUGCGGUAACUGGAUUUUUUUUUUUUUUUUUUUUUUUUUUUUUUUUAAAGAAAUUCCUGUAAGGGAAGUCUAUCCUUGUCUAUUUGACAAUAAAAUGUAUUUUCACCCGUGA